AUGGCUCACUGGUUUGACAAGGAAAAUGGGUAUUACAGAGACAGAGUGAAGAGAAUAUUAUUGAAAAAUUCUGACCACCAUAAAAAAAGAUUAGAGGGAAUAAGGUCUUCAUUGAUGCGGCAUCGUUUUGGGCAAACAGCACAACCUACUGUUACCAAGGAAAAGCAGAUGAGCCAAACCCAUAGAACCCACCGUCU